AUGGUGCUUCCGGCAACCGGUCAGCAGGGGCUUCAGUGUUCGCAAGCAUCGCCGGAAGAUCGUGCGCGUGAUUUAAGCUCUCGCUUGCAGUCAAUGCCGCCGAUCUGCAAGUACAAAGGCUUCAUACCAGCUUCCCGGGAGUUGUGCGGUGAAACCUUCACACAGCAGUGCCUCAGUGCGCGGGAAACACCGAGAACGGCUGGUGGGGGCACCCCGUUCGAGGCAUGGGCAAAGACGGGAGUUGGUGCAGCAGGCAGAAUCGUGUGCCAGGGCAAGGGCUUGCGAGUGGACCUGCAGGAACAGCACGCUGCAGAGCAAUGCCGUGCUGGGCUGGCCACCAUCAUGUCGGCAAGGGAUAAGAGAGCUCCUUUUCUGUUGUCAGGCGAUCGGCAGCCUCGAAACCAGGCCAUUCAGCUAAGCUACAAUCCGGGCAGCCAAAGGACCCGAGCAGACGCGACACGCAUGGAGGCGGCAGGCGCGGUGUCGUUUUGUCGGAGGUUUGACCAAUUCCGCCAGGAGAACUAUCGCCGUGCCAUUUUCGAGGCCAUACGGAACAAUGAAAUGAGUGCCGGGAGGCGCUGA